CGUAUCGCUUGACUUACUCACUGAUCAUUUGAAAAUCAGACUGCUUCACUUGACAAACAAAACUUUUCUCGCGAAAAUCUAAAAGAAAGCUAUGGAUUUUUACAGCGUAUUACUUCUAAGCAUUUUUCUAUUCCUGCUUCAACCCAAAGAAGUAUCUGCAGUGGAAUUGGAAACCGCCGUGGUGGUUGUCAUCGUAAUUUUGUUUGUGGUCGUUAUUGUCCUCUGUAUUGUGAUUAUUUGCAUAGUAUGGCGGUUUUUCAAACACCGCAGGCAUGUCCGUGACUACGAGAGAGAAGACCAUCGCGAUUCUUAUGACAACCGUGGAGCGAUGGUAAUGCGUGAGCAGAAGCCAAAGAAGGUUGAAGAAGAUCCUCUUCAGAAGCCAAAGAAGAAAUCAGAAAAAUACAGGGACGAUUCAAGCGAAGAUGACAGAAGAGAGAAGAAAAAGAAGUAUCGAAAGGAUGACUCGAGCGACGAAGAAAAACGCAAGAAAAAACCUAAAGAGAAACCUCGAAAGGACGAUUCAAGUGAAGAUGACAAGAGAGAGAAGAAAAAGAAGUAUCGAAAGGAUGACUCGAGCGAUUCAAGUGAAGAUGACAGAAGAGAGAAGAAAAAGAAAUAUCGAAAGGAUGACUCGAGCGACGAAGAAAAACGCAAGAAAAAACCUAAAGAGAAACCUCGAAAGGAUGACUCGAGCGAUUCAAGUGAAGAUGACAGAAGAGAGAAGAAAAAGAAAUAUCGAAAGGACGAUUCAAGUGAAGAUGACAAGAGAGAGAAGAAAAAGAAGUAUCGAAAGGAUGACUCGAGCGAUUCAAGUGAAGAUGACAGAAAAGAGAAGAAAAAGAAGUAUCGAAAGGAUGACUCGAGCGAUUCAAGUGAAGAUGACAGAAGAGAGAAGAAAAAGAAGUAUCGAAAGGAUGACUCUAGCGACGAAGAAAAACGCAAGAAAAAACCUAAAGAGAAACCUCGAAAGGAUGAAUCGAGCGAGGAGGAGCAAACGAAACCCAGAAAGAAAAAGGAGGAUUCAGACGAGGAAUACGACAACAGAAGAAAGAACACUAGAGAGAAACCAAGGAGAAAGUCCUUGAGUGACGAUGAACGGCAUGAAAACACUCGCGAGUGGGCGAAGAAAGGAGCUAAAGAGGCUUCAAACAGAGGACGGAGAUUUGGUUCUAAGUUUCCUGAUAAUGCUAAUGAUUCUUGGGGACUUUAUUAAAAGCCGUUAAAUGCAAAAAUCACCUCUCAGUGAGACAGGAGUGGGAAAAAAACGCACAUAACAAUACAAAUCAUUUAAUCGCCUUUAGAGAACAAGUUUACAAUACCCAUAAUGCAUGAGGAUCGCGGUACAUUCGGUACCGCUUGCCAGUUCAUUUUUCUUCAGCUGAUCUAAAAUAAUGACGUAAAAUGACGUCACUGCAAAACUGAGGUGUCCUUGACCUGUGAAAACUGACGAGUGAAAAAUGAGAACCUGUCCUACCAUAGCCGAUAAAAAUUAAAAAAUUUGCUACUAAUUAGUUAUCGUAUUAUUACUGUUAUCAAUAACUUAUUAUCAACAUUAUUCUUUUUCAUUUGGUGGCCUGCAAAUCAACAAUUUCAAGAACAAAAAGUGACACCUAAGUUUUGCAAAUUUUCUCGAUUCUGAUUGGCUAACAUUUUCUCUCAGAUCAGCUGGCCCCUAUUAGCCGUUCUGGAGUUGUAGAAAUGUGUUGCAUUAUUAUGUUUAAAGGAACGAUUUAUCAGUAAGUUGCAUUGGUAUAUCUGAUUCAUCAAGCCGAGAAACAAAAGAAAUUUACACCCAAAUGUAUGCAAUCAAGCCGCAGUGAUGCACUUACAACAUGAUAUAUCAAUCAGAAUAAAACACGUAAUGAAAUCCAAAAAAUUGAUUAAUAAAAAUGUGCAUUUUGGGAUUGCUUUAGAUCUAGACUGACAUAUUUCCAUAUUUUCGUCCCCUAAAACACUAAUAGCUUAAUUAGGCCCGUUCCAAACGCCGCUGCAUUCAAAUUCAUCUUCCGAACUUCAGUAUCACAAGUAAGCUCGACUUCGGUGCAACAGACGAUUCAGACGCACUUGUGUCAAACCUAAUUCCCUUCUUUACGUGGGGGAGGAAGUUACUCAUAAUUCUUGUAUACCGUUCGGAAAAUGAUGCAAGAGCGCCGUUAUGCAGUUGUUUCUCCAGUGUCGCAUAAUGCGACAAGCCCUGCCGACCUCGACCGCAGUGUUUACUUGCUAAAAUAAAACUGCCUUAACAAAAUGAGUGAAUCGCCGCUCUUUAUUCGGACUUAAUUCAUCUAUUAAGUUCGGCACUUGAGUGGAGCGGCGUCUAGAAAGGGCCUUAAUCUACUUCUGAAACCGAACAAACGAAUAAUACUUACGUAAACAUUUACUCAAGCACAUUUAUUAAAAUAAUCUGAUCAAA